GGAGCGGCCGGGCGCGACCCUUGCGAUCUGCGGUCCGGGUAACUUAAGGCUGGUCACAUUAUUUUUACAGGCUUGACUGAGGACGAUAUUGAGCAGAGUCAAUGUCAUAAAUUUGAGGUCAUUUUGCAAAGAAAGAAGUCAAGAAUACGAAAGAACUAUGGGAUCAUAUAAGUAUAUGUUUAGGCAUGUUUACUUCACCUUCUACCUCACGAAAAUAGGUCAAGACUAUUUAGCAUAGGGAAGCAACUGUAUAGAGUUCACUCUUGCGUUUGUUUAGUAUAACUCGCGCUAAGAAAUGCGACAAUUUACCCGUGACUUAAUAAUGCGAAUGCGCAAUUUGCGGUCCAUGGUGCCCAAGGCAGUUUGGCCAAUCUACGGAGUUUAUCUGGCAAUGCAGGUCCUCGACAGCACUGCUGGGCCGGUCCUCCUCCCUUUUUUGCGCACACUAGUAAUCUGCGGUAAUGACGCGAACCCUAUCGAUA